AAAUCCAAACGAACGUAGCCUCGAAAUUUCAGAAAUUUUUUAAAAUACCAAAUAAAUGUUAUUGCAAAAGAGUUGAAAAGGCUAAAAUGCAGAUAGAAGGGGAAGAGAGACCCACCAGCGCCGUUGAGGGUGUACGACAAGCUGUUGCAUCCACCGGUCUUGAUACCCUAUCUGCCGAAGGGCCGCCGGCGUUGUCGUAGCAGGAGGCGAAUUCUAGCGUCGGCGGCGUCGUCAUCCGUUAAGCACAGGGCUUAGCGCCUCGCCGCCGUCGGUUCCACCUUCUCCGCGAGAAAGAGACUACACAGUACAAACGCCAAGACCGUCGUGCCCUUUUGUUCCUACAACAAGGUUAACUCCGUCAUUUCGUCCGAGCCCCGAAAAAGGAACUAUUCUCAGUAGAUUUUUGUUGGUCACCAAGCGAGAGAGAGAGAGGUGUGUGUGUGACAGAGACAGUACCCCUAUUAGACUGAGAGACCCCUUGGGCUCACCGUCCAAAUGCUUCUAGGAGAUUUUCUUCUCUCUGCUUCCUUCGACUGCUUGGCUCUCUGAGCUCUCUUUCUCUAAAACCCAGGUUUGGAAGAGAUAUUCGGUUUAAUAUCGGGAAUUCCAGCCAUUUAAGGCCUUGAAAUUCCCUGACCUACAUUAGCUACAAAUAUCUGAGAUUUGAGUUUUGCCAUUACAUCAUGACGUCUUGUAUGCCAACGAGUUUGAUGCCUUCUAGUACUCGAAACCCAACUGGGGUAUUAGCUGUAAUAGGAGGGAGAACACUAAUGGAGAAUCAAUUUGGGAGAGUUUGCUGUGUGAAAAUGUCCGAGGAGAAGAAUUGGUUUUUGGGUGGUCGUCAAAAGUCGACUUUUCCUCAGUUUAAUUGUUCCGCCAACUCCCAGAGUGUUAGUCCUUAUCACAACAAAGACCCUUUUCUGAAUCUACACCCUGAGGUUUCAUUGCUUAGAGGGGACGGGAAUAAUCCUGUGAACAACCCGAGAAAGGAUAGUUCAGGUGGCACUGUUGAGAGUUUAGGAGUCAUGUCUAGCCAGAAUAAUUACAAUGAAGCCAAGAUCAAAGUUAUUGGAAUUGGAGGUGGUGGAUCAAAUGCAGUUAACCGCAUGAUAGAGAGUGCAAUGAAGGGUGUGGAGUUCUGGAUCGUCAACACAGAUAUUCAAGCCAUGAAAAUGUCGCCUGUAUUUCCUAAGAACCGCUUGCAAAUUGGCCAGGAGCUUACAAGGGGUCUUGGUGCUGGUGGGAAUCCAGAGAUUGGCAUGAAUGCUGCGAAAGAAAGCAAAGAAUCAAUAGAAGAGGCACUCUAUGGAGCGGACAUGGUCUUUGUUACGGCUGGAAUGGGUGGAGGAACUGGCACUGGUGGAGCUCCUGUAAUUGCUGGGGUUGCAAAGUCAAUGGGUAUAUUGACUGUUGGUAUUGUCACAACCCCUUUCUCUUUUGAGGGACGAAGGAGGGCAGUUCAAGCCCAGGAAGGAAUUGCAGCUUUAAGAGACAAUGUUGACACGCUAAUAGUCAUUCCAAAUGACAAGUUAUUGACUGCAGUUUCCCAGUCUACCCCAGUAACAGAAGCAUUUAACCUUGCUGAUGAUAUUCUCCGCCAAGGUGUUCGUGGUAUCUCUGACAUAAUUAUGAUACCAGGACUAGUAAAUGUCGAUUUUGCUGAUGUACGAGCUAUAAUGGCAAAUGCAGGUUCUUCAUUGAUGGGGAUAGGAACUGCAACUGGGAAGACUAGGGCGAGAGAUGCUGCAUUAAAUGCCAUACAAUCACCUUUACUGGAUAUUGGUAUAGAGAGGGCUACUGGAAUUGUGUGGAAUAUAACUGGUGGAAGCGAUUUAACAUUAUAUGAGGUAAAUGCCGCUGCAGAGAUCAUAUAUGACCUUGUGGACCCAACUGCCAAUUUAAUCUUUGGAGCAGUGAUAGACCCGUCCAUCAGUGGACAAGUCAGUAUAACUUUAAUUGCUACUGGAUUCAAACGCCAAGCAGACAGUGAGGGGAAGCCCCACCAGGCUAGUCCCCUAGCACAAGGAGACAUCCCCCGUGGAACUAAUCGGCGACCCCCCUCCUCUUUCACUGAUGGUGGUUCUGUGGAAAUUCCGGACUUCCUAAAGAAGAAAGGACGCUCACGCUAUCCAAGAGUUUAGGAUUUCCCAUAAAAAUGAAAAAAACUUCUUUCAUUCCCUUUAUUUUUAUCUAUUUAUUCCUUCUUAGGUAAUCAAAGUCCACAUUUGUAGUUUAUUGAUACUCUUCCUACUCUUUUUGAUAGUGGUUUCUAGCUUUGAGAAAUUAGCUUGUCUGAUUAAUAGCCAAGUGCCCAAGACUCAGUGCAAGUUCUGGGUUUUUAUUGUGUUUGAAUUUCUGUUAAUAAAGGGGUUGUAUAAAGUUACCGGCUUAAAAAGAAAUAAAGCAUUGAUUGUUGAA